AUGGGUCAUCUCAUCCCACUCAUAGAGCUAGCAACCCGGCUCACUCACUUCAACUUUACCAUAACCAUUCUCAUUCUCAACGACGGUUCACCACCUUCGAAAUCCCAACUGUCUCUUCUCCAAAACCUCCCACCCUCCAUCUCCUACAUCCAUGUUUCUCCCAUUGAUGUUUCUGAUCUUCAAUCCGAUUGCACCAUUGAGAGUCGGAUUACUCUCACCAUUACUCGGUCCAUUCUGGGGAUUCGUGACUCCCUCCGAGUCUUGUCAAAGGCAACACGAUUAGUUUCAGUUGUUGUUGAUCUCUUGGGCUCAAGUAUCCUACAUAUGGCUCAAGAGUUUGGCGCGUUGUCGUACGUGUUUUUCCUUACUAGUGCUUUGGGAUUUUGCUGUGCUUGUACUCUACCAAAAUUGGAUAAGAUACACUCUUGUGAAUACAGGGAUUUGCCCGACCCGGUUCAUUUUGUACCCGGUUUAGUUCCGGUUCAUGGGGCUGAUUUUCCUGACCCGGUUCAAGAUAGAAAGCAUGGAGUCUAUCAGUUGUUUAUUAACUUGGUAGGAAGCUAUUCUGAUGCCACUGGGAUUUUGAUCAAUAUGAUCGUGGUCGAGAAGCUAAUAUUCCUCCGGUUUACCCCCAUUGGACCGGUAAUUCGGUCCGGUUCAGAAGACGGGUUGAUAGAUGGGUCGGGUUCUAUAAAAUGGUUGGAUGAGCAACCAAGUGAUUCGGUUUUGUUUGUGUCAUUUGGUAGUGGUGGGAACCUUUCAUAUGAGCAAGUAGUUGAGUUAGCAUUAGGGCUUGAGUUAAGUGGGCAAAGAUUUUUGUGGGUUGUUAAAACCCCAAAUAAUAAAUCUAAUGCUUCUUUUUUUGGUGUUGCUAAUAAUAUUGAUAACCCACUUGAGUAUUUGCCUCAAGGGUUUCUAGAUAGGACCAAAGGGUUAGGUUUAGUGGUGCCUAAUUGGGCCCCUCAAGUUCAAAUAUUGAGUCAUGGUUCGACGGGUGGGUUUCUGACUCAUUGUGGGUGGAACUCGACUCUAGAGAGUAUAGUCCAUGGCGUGCCCUUGAUUGCUUGGCCGCUUUAUGCCGAACAAAAGUUGAAUUCCGUGCUGGUAGCUGAUGAUUUGAACGUUGCAUUGAGGGUGAAACCAAAUGAGAAGGGUUUGAUUGAUAGGGAACAAAUUGCUGAAUAUGCAAAAUGUUUGAUGCAAGGAGAACAAGGAAAAAUACUACGAGAGAAAAUGAGAGCUUUGAAGCAUGCAGCUGUUGCUGCUUUAGAUGAAGAUGGAUCGUCAAAACAAUCAUUAGCAAAGGUGGUUGAAGAGAUGAAGAAUCACAAGAUCAUAUAAAAAUAGUUGUGAUUAGCCUAUUUAUCUUGAUUAAUGAUGUUUUAGAAUUUCAAUUAUUGUCUAAUUAAUGUAUGAUUAUGUUUUAAUGUUGCGUAUAGUUAUAAUUACAAGUUUAAUUUCAUUUUCAA